AUGGAUGACACAGAACUUCCCAGUAGCAGCGACCAGAAGAUGGACGACGCUUCAACCGUAAUUCCUGCCGCUGCCGAAGCUAUUCACACCUCGUCGGAUGAUUCCGGCGAGUCUGAUUCCGACUCGGAGGAUGAAGCCGAGUCGAAUCAUCAGAUUGAAACCCUGGAGUCGGAGCUCUCCGCAAAUCCUUACAACUACGAUGCUUAUGUCCAAUAUAUAAAGCUUCUCAGGAAAACAGCGAACCUUGAAAAGCUAAGACAAGCAAGGGAAGCUAUGAGUGCCAUAUUUCCGUUGAGUCCUUCUAUGUGGCUAGAAUGGGCAAGGGAUGAAGCAUCUCUAGCCUCUAGUGAUAAUGUGCCUGAAAUUGUAAAGCUUUACGAACGGGGACUCUGUGAUUAUCAGUCUGUAUCUCUUUGGUGUGACUACCUGAACUUUUUACUGGAAUUUGAUCCAUCAGUACAUGGAUAUACAUCUGAUGGUAUUUCAAAAAUGAGGAGUCUUUUUGAACGUGCUAUUCCGGCUGCGGGCUUCCAUGUUACAGAGGGCAGCAGAAUAUGGGAAGGAUAUAGAGAGUUUGAGCAAGGAAUCUUAGCCACUAUUGACAAUGCUGACGUUGAGGAAAGAAGUAAACAGAUACAGAGGAUUCGAAGCAUAUUCCACCGUCACCUGUCAGUUCCGUUGGAAAACCUGAGCGCCACCCUUAUUGCUUAUAAGGCUUGGGAGCUGGAACAGGGCACUGAUCUUGAUAUUGGAUCUGAUGAUUUGAGUAAGGUUUCUCCUCAAGUUGCUGUUGCAAACAAGAAGGCACAACAGAUGUAUAGUGAACGUGCCCAUUUUGAAGGACACAUAUCGAAGAAAGAUUUAUCUGUCACAGAAAAGUUUCAGCAAUUCAUGAAUUACAUAAAGUUUGAGCAGACUUCUGGAGAUCCUACCCGAGUUCAAGCAAUAUAUGAACGUGCUGUGGCUGAAUACCCGGUUUCAAGUGACUUGUGGAUAGACUACACCUGCUAUCUUGAUAAAACUUUGAAGGUUGGAAAAGCUAUAACGCAUGCCUAUUCUAGGGCGACUAGAAGUUGCCCAUGGACUGGAGAUCUUUGGGCACGUUAUUUGCUUGCUUUAGAGCGUGGUUCGGCAUCCGAGAAAGAGAUUUAUGCUGUCUUUGAGAAGUCAUUGCAGUGCACAUUUUCCUCCUUUGAGGAGUACCUGGAAUUAUACCUCACUCGAGUAGAUGGCCUGAGAAGGAGAAUGUUAUCAACUAUGAUGGUAGAGACUUUGGAUUAUUCUCUGAUAAGAGAAACUUUUCAGCAAGCAUCAGAUUACCUAACGCCUAACAUGCAAAAUACAGACAGUUUGCUGCGUUUGCAUGCUUAUUGGGCUAAUUUGGAACUUAAUCUUGCGAAAGAUCUAGCUGGAGCACGAGGUGUUUGGGAUAGCCUUCUGAAGAAGAGUGGUGGGAUGCUAGCAGCCUGGCAUGCAUAUAUUGAUAUGGAAGUGCAUUUGGGGCAUAUAAAGGAAGCUAGGUCUCUUUACCGGAGGUGCUAUACAAGAAAGUUCGAUGGGACUGGCUCAGAAGAUAUAUGCCGCGGAUGGUUGCGCUUUGAAAGGGAGCAUGGAACUUUGGAAGAUUUUGACCAUGCAGUUCAAAAGGUUAUGCCACGCUUGGAAGAGCUACAAUUGAUUAGGUUACAACAGGAGUCUACACCAGUCAAACCGACGGCCGGCCUGAAAGAGCAUAACUCACAGAAGGGUACACGUGAAAAGAGAAAAGCAGGACCGAAUGUGAAUGUAGAAGAAGAGUCUUUGGCUAAGCGGCAGAAGAUUAAGGGUCAAAAAAUGAAUGAAGUGGAUGCCGAAGGUAAGGGCGCAACUGUACCUAACAAAAAAAACGCUAAAGCAGAGACGGGGAAAGCAGCUGGUUCAAAUAAAGAAGAGACAGAGGAGGCCAAACCAGUGAAGCCGAAAAUUUAUACAGACGAGUGUACAGCUUUUAUCUCAAAUCUCGGUGUCAAGGCACAAGAGGAAGAUAUACGUAAGUUCUUCAGCGAUGUUGGUGGAGUUGUUUCCAUUCGCGUUCUCCAUGACAGAGCCACUGGAAAACCGAGGGGACUGGCAUAUGUUGAUUUUGCGGACGAUAAGCACCUUGAAGCAGCUAUUGCAAAGAACAGAAAGACGUUUCUUGGUAAGAAGAUCAGUAUAGCACGAUCAAAUCCAAAGAAGGGUAAAAAGGAUUUCACGAGGCGUGGAAAUGAAGGUUCGGGGAAUUCAAAGGACACGUCCCAGAUUUCUGAGAAGGCGAAAGAAGCUCUUGGUGGAGAAACUGAGGGUGAGAAGCGAGGAAAUGAAGUCGAGGUGAGGGGUAAGAACACGUUCGCUGUCCCAAGAAAUGUUAAACCACUCGGCUUCACCACACCCAAACCCACCGCAGACGAGACGCCAAAAUCAAAUGACGAGUUCAGGAACAUGUUCCUCAAAAAGUGA